UGGGAGGAUCACGCAAAGGGCGCAUGCGCACAAAUCCUCGCUCUUCUCGGGUCCUACGAGAGGCAGAGGAAGCGCAGACUCCGGAGCGCGCGGCCCGAGCAACAUGACGUCGGCCUUGGAGAACUACAUCAACCGUACAGUUGCUGUUAUUACAUCUGAUGGCAGAAUGAUUGUGGGAACCCUAAAAGGUUUUGAUCAGACCAUCAAUUUAAUUUUGGAUGAAAGCCAUGAACGAGUGUUCAGCUCUUCUCAGGGAGUAGAGCAAGUGGUAUUAGGAUUAUACAUUGUAAGAGGUGACAAUGUUGCAGUCAUUGGAGAAAUUGAUGAAGAGACAGACUCUGCACUUGAUCUGGGAAAUAUUCGGGCAGAGCCUCUAAAUUCAGUAGCACACUGAUAAACUAUUUACUUUAGGCUUUUGUAAAUCUUUUGACUGUACAGAUCUACUUAUUCUGAGGAUAAUGUGCAAAAUUUUUACAAAUUGUGAUAACUACAUUUUUAUUCAUUUUGUGAGUGUUGCAGUUUGAUAUGUAAAUUAAAAUAUUUCUACAUUUUGCAUUUUAUUGUAAGUUUUUUAUAUUGUACAAAUAUCUAGUAGUUAUUAAUAGUCAUAAUUUGGGGAAUUUUAUAAACACAUGGUAAUUUUGAUAUUUUAUAAUGGAAACUGUAAGCAGAAAUUUAUAUACCACUUACAUCAAGGGUAUAUAUUCCCUGGAGUAUAUCUACCUGGAGUUCCUCAGAUUAAUUUUUUUUUUUACUACUUUGGCCUUGGUUUAUUUCUGCAACUGCUAUUUUCUGAUAGUUCUUGUAGCUUCCUGUAAUAAUUGUGAAUCAGUUGAGGUUUAAUUGAAAAGGAAAAUGAUGAUAGAGAAAAGAUUCUCAUAUGGAACAAAGAUAGGGAUUUGGAAGGUAUGAAGGUGUAAAAGAGAUAAGUUUGCAAUGAAUAAUUUGUCUGAGAUAUGUUUUAAAAAUGGCCUUAUUGUGUCCAAAUUAUCUUGAUAAAUGUUGAUGAAAUUGUUCCAACUUAGCAAAUGUCAUUUUAUAAAUAUCUGUAAAUGAAAAUUUGUUUAUAU